AUGACCGAGGACCUUGAGAGCGGCGGUGACGCUGCUGUUAGCAGUCACCGGACGGCCAGCCAAGAUGUCGAAGAAACCAUGAAUGAGUUGUCAUUCCGGGCUGUUGACCCUGUGAAUGUACACGUCAAGGAUCUCAAUGUCGACGUUGAUGUAUCUCCGGGUGGGCUUUCUGCCUUCACUGCUUCACUCGGUCGAAAGAACAGCACCCGAGAACCAGAGGUCAAAGCGAUCCUCAGAGGUGUCAAUGCUUACAUGCCAAGUGGUAGUCUGACAGCCAUUAUAGGCUCUUCUGGCAGCGGUAAGACUUCAGUGUUGAACACCUUGUCAAAACGAAUCGCAAUAGGAAGACUUAGGACUUCCGGAGAUAUCACUUACAAUGGCAGCUCUCAGCUUUGGAGUGUUCGCAGCGCCUAUGUCAUGCAACAGGAUGUGCUACUUGCAACCCUGACUGUGAGAGAGACGCUACGCUAUGCUGCCGAGUUGCGGCUCCCGCCCCCUACGACCACAGAAGAACGAGAAAAAGUUGUGGAGAAUGUGAUCUUGGAGCUCGGUUUGAAGGAUUGUGCGGAUACAAGGAUCGGAAACAACGUCCAUAAAGGGUGCUCAGGAGGCGAAAAGAGGAGGACUUCACUUGCUGUUCAAAUGCUGUCGAAUCCCUCCGUAUUGUUCUGUGACGAAGUCACAACAGGUCUAGAUGCUGCAACAGCAUUCCAACUCGUGGCCACUCUAAAGGCUCUGGCGGUCAAAGGACGGACGAUCAUAUGCUCGAUUCACCAGCCUAGAUCCGAAAUCUGGAAGCUCUUUGACCAUGUUCUGUUGCUAGCGAAGGGUUCACCCCUUUACAGUGGACAAUCAUCAAGGUGCCUAGCCUAUUUUGAAAGCCAUGGUCAUGUUCUGCCACCUUUUGUCAACCCCGCGGAAUUCUUGAUCGAUUUGGCUGCAAUUGACACACGUUCUCCCGAGGCCGAGGAGUCAUCUGCCACACGCGUUCAGGGCCUAAUACAGGCUUUUGAGACAUCACCGGAGAAUACCGGGCUUCAAAUCGUGCAAAAGGAAACGUCGAUUGGUCCAGUUGGGUCGAUCGAGGGAAGAUCCAGGCAACACCAUGCUACACUACGCCAUCAGAUCAGAGUGUUAACCGGACGCACAUUGAAAACAACCUACCGCGACCCACUGGGUAUCGCCGGAAGCAUGCUAGAAGCUACUAGUAUGGCUGUAAUCACUGGCUGGAUAUUCUUGCAAUUGGAUGGUAGCCUGUCAGGUAUUCGCAGCCGAGAAGGUGCUUUGUACACAGCCGCUUCUCUUCAGGGCUAUCUCAUUCUCUUGUUCGAGUGUUACCGCCUGACCGUUGACAUUCAGCUUUUCGAUCGUGAGUAUGGAGAGGGUGUGGUUAGUGUGCCAUCAUUUCUGAUCAGUCGGCGUCUGGCUCGCGUUUUCGUGGAAGACGUGCCUGUUCCCCUGAUCUUCUCCGUCAUAUUCUACUUCAUGACUGGCUUCCGGCCACUUGCAAGUCAGUUCUUUGUCUUCUUCGGUGUGACGCUGCUCAGUCAAUAUAUCGCUGUCAAUUAUGCCACUCUAUGCGUCGCUGUCUCAAGAAAUUUUGCUGGUGCUACUCUCAUUGCCAACAUGGGCUUCACGCUACAGUCGCUGGGCUGCGGUUAUUUUGUACAGGCGAACCAGAUUCCAAUCUGGGUCAGAUGGCUCAAAUGGGCCGCAUACGUCUUUUACUCCAACGGUGCUUUGGCAGCCAAUGAGUUCGUGGGUCAUACCUCAGACCCUUUAGGUCAGCUCUAUGACUGUCCGUUCGCUGGCGGCACCGCAAAUCCUGCUUGCAAAGAGUACACUGGACUGUACAUCAUGCAGUCUCUAGGGUUUCCCCCCAAGUGGAUCGUGAGGCCCAUCGUCGUUCUUCUUGCCUUCGCAAUUGCCUUUUACCUCGGAGCCGGUCUGAUCUUGCGGUACUGGAAAGUUGGGAUUGGCAUCUCGAGAGCUCAAAAGAACGACACCGACUACUCUUCUGGCAAGGAGAAGAUGACAUCUCGUUCGCUGGAUGAUGUCAGAACCAUCAUCAUCACGUUGGAUAAAUACACUCUGAACAUCCGAAAGCGUAACACGCGGUUGAGAAAGGUUCCCACGCUUUCAAUUCUUAAGCCUCUAACUGUCACUUUUGAGCCUGGCGUGCUCAAUGUAAUUAUGGGACCUUCAGGGUCUGGCAAGACUUCUUUGCUCAAUCUCAUGGCUCGACGCCUGCACAGUUCGAUGGUGACAAGAUAUGAGACCCGUGGUGAGAUGUUUUUCAAUGGCGCAAUCCCGUCCGAAAAGGUCAUUCGUUCAAUUUGCUCGUACGUCUGUCAAGAUGACGACGCGCUUCUCCCCUACCUGACGGUGCGAGAGAAUCUGCACUUUGCCGCGGGCCUGCGUCUGCCAGCCCAUCUCUCGAAGGACGAGAAGCAGCAACGAGCACAAUCUGUUCUUCUAAAGAUGGGUCUACGCGACUGCGCAGACAAUCUGGUUGGCAGUGAUGUGGUUAAAGGCAUCAGUGGAGGGGAGAAACGCCGAGUCACUAUUGCCAUUCAAAUCCUGACAGAUCCUCGCAUCCUGUUCUUGGAUGAACCAACGAGCGGGCUGGAUGCCUUCACUGCAUCUUCCAUCAUCGAGGUCCUGCGAGGCCUGGCCGAGGAAGGAAGGACCCUUGUUCUCACCGUUCACCAAUCUCGAAGUGAUUUGUUCCAGUACUUCCGUAACGUCCUCCUCCUAGCCCGUGGAGGGCAUUCCGUGUACGCCGGCAAGGGAUCGUCGAUGCUCUCACACUUCGCCUCUCUGGGCUUCAACUGUCCCACAACCACCAAUCCAGCUGAUUUUGCCCUGGAUCUGAUAACGGUCAAUUUGCAAAGCGCAACAAAAGAAGCUACGAGUCGGGAGAAGGUCAAGUCACUAAUCCUCGAAUGGGAUAACUCGAAAGAACCUCUGAAUCAAACAGUCUCGCACAUCGCAACACCCGCCGAACUCGGAUCUCUAGCCCGCAGCAUGACACCGUUCCGUAUCGCCUUCCCUAUCCUUCUUCACCGCAGCUUUAUAAACUUCCGCCGCAAUCCACCUUCGAUCGUUGCCCGAACUACGCAAGUGUUAGGCUACGCAAUCUGCCUGACCCUUUUCUUCGCCCCACUACAAAGCGACUACUACAGCGUCCAGUCCCGCCUCGGCUUCAUCCAAGAAUUCGCACCUCUCUAUUUCGUUGGCAUGCUUCAAAAUGUGGCCGUCUACCCAGAUGAAAAGGCAGUCUUCUACCGCGAACACGAUGAUAACGCUUACUCGGUCGAAGCUUUUUUCCUGCAAUACACAUUAGCUGAAGUUCCUUUCGAGAUCUUCACAUCUCUCCUAUUUGCCAUUCUCACAGUACUUGCCGCAGGCCUCCAUCGUACCGUUUCCCUCUUCUUCAUCGUCGCCUUCAAUGCCUUUGCAAUCGUCAACUGCGGAGAGAGUGUUGGCAUUAUCUUCAACACCCUCUUUAACCAUACCGGCUUUGCGGUAAAUGUCACAUCAGUUGUUCUCUCCAUCGCGCAGAUAAUGGGGGGAGUAAUGAGUUUACACGUACCUUCCUUCCUUCAAGCCUUCAACCAUCUCAGUCCUAUAAAAUGGGCAAUAGGGAAUCUGGCGCCUUACACACUUGCCGGUGUACAAUUCUCGUGCACGGAAGAUCAGCGCUUGCCCAAUGGCCAGUGUCCGAUAACAGAUGGGGAGGACGUGCUGAAUCUGUAUAAUCUGAACGGCAACGCGGGGCUGAAUCUUUUGGCGGUUGGGAUUUGCGUGGUCGUGUACCGAAUAUUGGCUUUUCUGAUCUUGAAAGCAAAGAGGACAAGGUGGGCUUGGCGGGAGAGGCUAGGGAGAGGACGGCGCCAUAGUGAGAAGGAAGAUGUUGGAAGGGUGGUGGAGACCGCGGCAUAA